AACUGCAAAGUGAAGAGAUCAGGAGGAGGUACAACAUUGAGGUGAGGAAUAGGUUUGAAGCGUUAGGAGACAUUGAUGAUCCGAAAGAAGAACACGAUAUGAUUUUGGUAACAUAUAGAGAUGCAGCAAAGAAAGUCGUGGGGAGGUCAAAGAAAGAUAGUAGGCCAUGGAUAGGAAGCAAAACAUGGGAAAAGAUCACGGAGAGGAAGGAGGCAAAAUUGAAAUUGGAGGGUGCAAGAUCGGAACGA